GUGUUAACAAAUCUCGUGCGACUAUUGAAAUUAUCUGCGACAAAAUCUUGCUUUUAUUCUCUGGAAAACAACGCGAUGCAGGACAUGUGUUUUAUUUUGCGGUAUAUUAAAGCAAUAAAAUAAGAAAUGCUGCUAUGGCUUUCAACAUACGAGCAAACUGUAUUUUUUUUCCUGGACUUCUGGUUCUCACGAUUUUGACUUUACCACUGAUAUCAACAGAGAAUAUUGAUUGCAAAGGGAAAUCGUUUCAUUGUGUGAAUUCAACACAUUUUAAGAUAUGCGUUGAUCUAGGUGGAGGCGUGACAAGGACAGUCGACGAGUUUCUGAUACCGUGUCCAAGAAGUACUGUGUGCAACGAUAUCAAUAAAUUUGAGUGUGAAUAUCAAGUGACGACCACUCUUUCUCCUAUACAGCAGAGUGAUGAAGCGAAUGUACUGGCAGAAUUAAGCACAACAUUAGCUACUGAUGUUACUACAUCUACCCCUGAAAACAAUACAAAUAAUUCAAGUGGGUCUACGAUUGACAUAAGUUAUGAAUUUAUAAACAACGAUACUUCUUAUUUUAUUCCGUCAACAACAUUGGAUGACUCAAUAAAUCAAGUGAAUUCAAGUAGUGCAAAUAACUUUAAAUUUGAUAAAAUAAGUGAUCUACGCGAUGAAUAUCAACUAACGAUCACUCUUCCACCUACAAAGCAGACUGACGUUGCUACACUUGCUGUUAAAAAUGAUACGAGUAAUUCAAGCGUGACUACAUUUGAAAAAAGUUUUGAAUUUACCAACAACAACACUUCUAAUUUUAUUAAUUCAACAACAUCGGAUGACACAUUAAAUCAAGUGUAUUCCAGCAGUGUAAAUAAUUUUAAAUAUAAUAAAACGAGUGAUUUGCGUGAUGAAUAUCAAGUAACGACCGCUCUCCCUUCUAUACAGCAGAGUGAUGUAGUCAACGAACUGUCAGAUUUGGACACAACAUCAGUUUGGGAUAAUGUUGAUGUUACUACAUUUGCCCUUGAAAACGAUACGUAUAGUUUAAGUGCGACUACGAUAUCCACAAAUAAGGAAUUUAUCGACAACGAUACUUCUAAUAUAAUUGCAAAUAACUUUAAAUAUAAUGAAACAAGCGAUUUACGUGAUCAAUAUCAAAUACCGAGCACUCUCCCUUCUACACAACAGAGUGAUGUAACUAACGAAUUGCCGAAAAUGGGUACAACAUCAGUUUGGGGAAAAUCUGAUGUUACUUCAUUUGCCCCUGAAAACGAUAUAUAUAAUUCAAGUGCAACUACGAUUGCUACAAGUUACGAAUUUAUCAACAACGAUACUUCUAAUUUUAUUGCAUCAACGACAUCGGAUGACACAUUAAAUCAAGUGUAUUUCAAAAGUGCAAGUUAUGAAUAUCAAGUAACAACCACUCUACCGUCUACACAACAGCGUAAUGUAACCAACGAACUUUCAGAAUUAGACACAACAUUAACUUGGGAUAAUGCUGAUAUUACUACAUUUGCCCCUGAAAACUAUACAUAUAAUUCAAGUGCGACUACGAUUGCCACAAGUAACCAACUUAUCAACGACGUCACUUUUAAUUUUAUUCCAUCAACAUCAUCGAAUGACACAUUAAAUCAAGUAAAUUCGAGCAGUGCAAAUAACAUUAGUUAUAAUAAAAUAAGUGAUAGUGCUACUGUGACGAAUACUGAUGACGAAUCAAAUGUGAAUGCAAAGAUAACGUUGAAUGAUACUAUACUAAAUGCUACAUUAAAUAAAAGUAUAACGUUGAUAAGUGAUGAGUUAUCUUUAUCUAAAACUAUUCAGGGUGCAACAGAAUUAAAUAUAGACGCCCUUGUACUAAAUAACAGCAGUUUAUAUGGCAAUAACAAUGAGCAUGGUUACACAAACAAAGAAAGACGGUUAUCACUCUCUUCUAGUGAAAUUGUUAGAAAUCCAAUUUCAUAUUUCACUGAAACCACAAGUUUCUUAAGUCAUUCCAAUACCUCAACGACACCAAUGAUUGUUUCAAGCAAUAUAAAUAUUCCAAAUGAUGUAAGUAUUUCUUUACCAAAUUCAUUAAAACCUACCAUUACAGCUAAUUUAUAUACAUUAGAUCCAAUAAAUGGAUGGAUAAAAGAUGGAGACAUUUUGACAACUUCUAUCACAACAGUCGCUAGUGAUCUUUCAACUAACCUGGUGCUAAACGUCACAGGAAAUGUAAGUAGUAGUGAUUAUAUUAAAAAUGAUAUUACUGUACCUGUAAUUAGACAAAUAUAUUCUGACACAGAAAAUACUUUACGUAAACCAUCGACAGAUAAUGUUUUUAAUGGUAGGAAUGGUUUUACAAUAAAUAUAGAUGAACAAAAUAAAACAGAAACUUCAUUUACAUUAGUUUCGUCAUAUGUUGAUUUGUCUUCAACCAAGUCUGUAGAAAGUAGUACUGUGCCUAACAAGUUUGUUGAUUUAAAUUCGCUCACUAGGAAUAACAACGAUUGGCAAAAUUCUGAAAAUAUCGUAACAAGCUCAAUAUAUGCUACCGAUUCGGUAAGUCAAUUUCCAAAUCAAAUACCAGAUGAUCAAUUAAUUGAAAUGGAAAAUAAAUAUGAUGUCAUAAAUCAUCUGGUUACACCUCAUGGUGACAUAUUAUCAGAAAUAUUAGAUACUGAAGUAAUCGCUAAUAAUGAAUCGCUGACAAAACAAAUGAUGGAAUUUAAUACAACUUCAGAGAUUAAAAUUUUAAGUUUAACGGAAGCAAAUUUAAAAGCAUCUCAUCUUAAAGUUCUAAAUAAUGACAGUAUUUUUUCUACGCUUAAUGACAUAUCUCUGAUGAGUAAUUUAAGGGAUAUGUCUUUUACAAACUUACCUGAAAUUAAUGUAACCAAUGAUACUAUGUAUAAAGAAACAAUUGUAGACCUAACUACGAUAAGUUACGAUAAGCUACCUGUAAAUUCCAAAAAUACUAAUGCAGAAAAUAUUAGUAGUGUAGGUUUUAAUAAUAAUAACACAACCUUAGUUAUUAAAGAUACAUCUGCAGAUACUACUUUAAAAUCAGACUUGUAUAACACAACUCUUACAGUAUCAGAUACAGCUUUUACGUUUGCAACAAAUCCACCCCUGAUCAACACUACGUCAUUAAAUAUUAAUUUUAAUUCCACCCCCACGAUAAAUACUCAAUAUACUCCAACUCCUGAAAGUUUUCAACCAAUAAUAGGUGCUGAUCGUAAAAUAUAUAUUACGAAUAUCACAACCAUGGAAAUACCAUCUUCGUCUGACUUCAAUCUUGAUAUGAGUAACAGAAUAUUUACUAACUACCCCAAUAGGAGUGCAAGCGUUGAAAAAUUUCAUAAAGAUAACAGAGAUACCAUAAGUUCUAACCUUACAGUCUUCAGCAAGAAUGAAAACACAACCGUUUUAUCAAUAGAUACUACAACUAUAAAUCCAAAUCAAGAAAUAGAGACGUACGAAAAACAGAAAUUGAAUGAUUUUUAUUCUAAUAGAAACAAUAUAUCGGAAAAUAUAGCAAAUGGAGAAAAAACUGGUAUAUUAAUAAGUUCACCAAACAUUACUUAUGGCCAAUUAAACAUACGUUCUCCAGCUUUAACUAUUUCAACAGACACAAUAUUAAACAAUUUAAGUAAUUCAUACGUGAAUAAAAAUGAAAUCGUUGUGGAAGAUAUAAUAAAUAAUAAUGAUAUUUUUAAUAACAAUAAUCUGGUUCAAUAUAGUGUUAAUCAAACAAUGGUAGAAAAAAAAUUAAAUACCACGCAGAAAAAAGAGGUGAACGAAAUUUUCAAUUUACCUUUAAGUGAUAUAAACAUUACUGUAAAUAAUGAAUUGAUUAAUGGUGAGGAUGUGAUUGGAGCAAAUUUACCAAUACAAAAACAUAAACUCAUAACAUUAAAAACAUACGAAAAUAAAACUGCUGAUGUGAAUACAGAGAUUAGCGAACUUAUUAGUACAACUGAAACUGUAAUGAUCGCUGUUAGUUCCAAUUUAAGCUUAACCAAGUAUAAAGAGCCGACGAAAACAUAUGAUUCUGUAAUUUCUUAUGUUGUUGGAACAACUAAUCCAUACAUUUACCAAGAACAUUUAACCAUAGCUGAACCGAAUGAUCAGCAAAAUGCUACAAAUUCUAAAUUAUUUGUAGACAUUGAAUAUGUCGACAGUGGCUUACUAUCCACACCUCAUAAUGCAUCUGAAAAUAAUAUACAAGAUUUAAAAGUAAGCAAAAAUGAAACAGAAGUUAUUUCAGAUGCUAUUAUUAAAUCUUCACCAUUUCUAACGAAAAAUAGUAGUUCAACUUUUGAAAAUAGUUUGAAUGUCGAUACUACUGUAAAUCUUGCCCCAUAUCUUAAAAAUAUUGCACAAGCAACUUCUAGUGUGGAAAUGCUCAACAAAAACGAUAAUAAUUCAUCAAGUACAAUAGGCAAUAUAAACAAACAUCACAAAAAUGUAACAAUGACAACGAACAACAUCGAAGUUAUAAAUAACGAUAUUAUUGGAAUGCUAAAUAACGUUACAUUGACACAAAAUAUUGAUAAAAUAAAAAGUGAAUUAACAGGUGCUAAUGCGUUAAGUAAUACUAAAACUCUGCCUACACUUGAAAAUAAACCUGCUUUUAACUUUGAGCUAACUCAAAAUCUAAAACAAUUAAACAAUGAAAGUGAAUUGAAACAUAAUGAAAACGAAAAUAAUGUUAAUAUUGUAGCACUCUUAGGUAAAACAAACAACAGUACUAGUCCUUUCACAGAAAAUGGAAUGAAAAUAAAUAAAACGUUAAAGUUAUUACAAGCAGAUUUAAAUUUAACUUUAUCAUCAAAAGAUAAUGUACAAUUACCCAACAUUUUUAAAACUACACAAAUACCAACGAGUACGGUGAAAAGUUUGAUUCAUAGCGGUAACCAGGCGCGGACACCACUACUAGAACAAUUCACAUGCGAAGGUCGUCAUCGUGGCAAAUAUUCUGAUAAAAGUAAUUGCAAUAAAUUUUAUAUUUGUAUAGGAAAGCUUCAACCGAUUAUUGGAAUGUGUCCAGAAAAUACUGUUUUUAGUGAAAUAAGAAAACAAUGUACGAAUAAUCUUUCAAACUGUAUAAGAAACAACCAAUUUAAAUGUUUAUCUUCAGGGAGGUUUGUUGACGUUUUAUCAGAAAACUUUUAUUAUAUUUGCGUUAAGAAAUUAGAUGGUUACGUUAGAUUUAAAUUACAAUGCCAGAAAGGUUAUCAUUUAAAUAAAGAAAAUAUACAAUGUUCUGUAGAUACAUCCUCGAUUGAAAAUAGUUCCAACACCACCAGUGACAAAAGUACCAAGGAAAUAAAAUCGGACGAUAAUUCGUACUCAGAAAAUUAUGAAAUACGAUUUGAAUGUGAAAAAGAAGGAAAGUUUGAAUAUGCAGAUGAUUGCAGAAAAUAUUUCCUUUGCAGAAAAACUUCCGAGUCGAAGUUCCGUCGUAAAAUUAAAAAGUGCAGUUCAGACGAAGUUUUCAAUAAAGAAAAAAGGAAAUGUGUAGAUGCGGAAAGCUACGAGUGUUAAAAUUUAAUAAUCAAGUAGACAAAACAAAUUAAAUAAUAACAUAUCAAUAAAAAAACACUAAUCGUUUAUCUAAAUUGUUGAAAAAUAAGAAAACACCUUUUGUUUGUAUACAUUUAUUUCAGUCUUAUGCAUUUAUAUAUAGUAUAAACAUACAUUUAUACUCUAUUGUUGCUGAUCGACCAGUUACUUCCGUGGCAUCCGAUAUGCCGCACCUGUUCUUUGAAUGAAUUGAUCUUCGACAUCCUUUUCUAGGGUCAUACAAAAAUGAUUAGAAAAUACAGUGCAUCGAAUAGAAUUUUCGCCACUUACCGGUUUUGAAGGGCAAAAGUAUGUGGAUCGAACAGGACUAGUAUCUUGAGUUAACGUGAAUUUGUAGUUUUUGCAAUCUAUAGGUCUAUGACCUGCAGCAUUCGAGCUCUGGAAACUAUUGUCGCGAUAUGUAUUCGCCUUUGUAUUAUAUUCACCAUAUAAUUGGGGUUUGGUCUUCGUUGUGUUGACUAGUGGGCAUUUGUAUUUUUCCGGAGAGGUACACGCGCGAGUAUAACCAUUAAAUAUAGUAUUUCCUGAACAUUUAAAUUUGAUACCCUGAAAGCGAUUUUUGUUAGGAAUGCACAGAAUGUAGCCUUUGCAAUUAGGGACAGUUGGAUCAGCUAAUCUUUCACUGCGAUGGCAUCGAACGUUCUUGGUAAUAGAAGAAUCAAUAUAGUUUAUAACAUUCUCGCACAGAUCACUAGACUCCUCAUUGCAAAUGGUGUUAGCCGGGCAGAGAAAAGUGGGUCCUAGUAAUUUAUCACCAUCGCAUAAUCUUACUUUUGAUAUUCCGUCGCAAACAAAACCAUAAGGGCCACAUUCCACGUUCUCACGACUGAAAAACCCAAAUACAGCUCUGCUCUUCAGUAGGAU